CGUACAGUACUACAAAGUGAAACAAUAAUAUCGUCUGCACCUGUAGCUUCAAUGAAACUGCAUCACGCGAUUCAUCAUCGGACUAGGACUCUAGGACAGUGUGAACGCUGUCAAUACAAUUUUAAACGAACGACUUAAAUCUUUUCCAAUAAAAAUCGAUGACCUCGCUCUCAUUUGGUCUUUAAUGACCUUUAUCAAUGAUAACACAACAGCGAGUACUAUCAUUUCUAUUUUCGACCGAUCGAAUUAUUCCUUGCAUAAUCAGUGUUUGUGACAUUCUCAUGAACAUCGCUUGUGUGUAACAGACGAUGCAGUAAGGAGAGCACGAUGUGCAGAUGGAGUGUCUCAACUUGGAUGGAAAGAUGAAAAGCAAACAACCCAUUGACUCUUAAACUACGCUUUUCCAGAGUUGGACUUUAACUCGCAUCCAUCCCCUCAUCCCACUACGUGUUAUCACCAUGGAGACGGAUUGCAAGAUAAACCUCACGGAUGUACAGCUCCGAAACCUAGCCGAGCACAUCCCUCCCGAGAAAGCAUACGAUCUAGGCUUUAGUCUUGGUCUAACUAAGACCGAUCUCUCUAGUAUUAUUCAGACCAACGAUCCCAUCGGUAACACGUUCCGAGUCCUGGACUGCUGGCGGACCAACUUGGACCCGACAUUGGUUCGUUGGAGGAACAAGGUUGAAGGAAGACAGACGGAGCUGAUCAAGUUGAAGGCUGCCAUGAAAGAACAUAACCUGGAGGAAUUCAUUUCAUGCAUUGAUGCUCAUGUUACUAUUGAAGAUAAUGAAGUGGAAGCCGCAUCCCCUAUCGUCAAUCUCGCACUGCCGAAUCCAUCUCAUCAAGCUCACAGAAGACAAGAAAUUGAUAUUCUUGCUACGUUUGAGAAUGUUGAGGAUGCUACGAUGAUGAAACACCAUUCCCACCUAUACCGUCUUGUAACGCACCCUGCGGAUUCGGAUGAAUCUUGGUCGGGUAUCCGUCAACUCAAAUCAGUCUUCGAACCAUACGCAAGGUUGACGAACAUUAUGCUGUUUCCUAUUUGCUUUACAGUGGACGUUGUGUCACCGGAGGAUUUAACAUCUCUCAAGAAAAACAUAGAAAAUAGACAUUUGGCGGAAGAUUUAUUGCCCGUGAUGUUGAGUCAAGACGACGAAGAGGGUGCUAUCCAAGCUGACCCUAGCAAUAUCCUCUUGAGGUUAGAGUUAGACAAGGAGUCCUUCAGGAACGGAGCACAGUUUUUCAGAGAUCUCGAUCCGACAGCAUCGUGUCAUGAUGACAGACAAGACUCAACGGCUGCUGAGGCAGAUGGGUUCAAUGUUUGGACGACUCGAAGACCAAAACCUGAUGUUGAGUUAGCAGAUAGUCAAGAGAAGGGCGUUCAGCUGGUAUGGAGGAACGUUUCUCAACAGAGCUUUGGGUUCUGAAGAAAAGGAAAAAAAGGCGUACUUUUAAUUAAUGAAAACCAUGUGCUAUAGUCAUGUCAGCAAAUUGGAAGGCAUCUCUUAGAUACAAUGAGCUUUAUCAAAUGUCGAUAGGUGCACACGAAUAAUUGUCAAGUACUGUAAUUACGCUUUGAAGCAAUACAAUAAGAAAAGGGGAAAUAACAAAAAUGUAAUGAGAAAUAAGAAAUAAAGGCCUACAUUCACCGGAAAUAAUGAAGCAAACUAAAACAUCUGUUUUAUUUAAAGAAGGAGAAAUGACUUUUAAAAAAGGCAAAUUCAUCUCUAAGAUUUGAGAUCUAAUAUCUGAUUAAAGUGACGUGGGCAGAAAUGAAAAAUGAGUAGAGAAUUUGUCCAUAAAUGGAAUCGGCUGAGGAAGUAUCAUACUUUUUUUUCAUUUGGCAUGUCUGGCAAGCACGUGUAAAUGUUCCAAGGUGAACACAAUUAACACAUAAUAUAUAAGCCCUACUCUUAUGGGGUGUUGCAAGAAAGUUACAAUCAAUUGCAAAUCCCCCAAAAUCAAGCGUUAGUCUUUCGAUUAAUUGCAAAUUUGCAAUUGAUAGCAACUCAACUUUCUCGCAAUGCCCCAUUAGUAAGAGAAAAAGAGAGAGAUAGAGGGGAUAGAAUACCAGUUAGAUCUGAUUAACUUAAUUUAAUUGUUAAAACUUUAAAUCCUAGAAACUUUAGGAGACUAUAGUGGGGUGUUGUCAGAAAGUUGAGUUGCAGUCGAUUGCAAAUAAUUUAUCAGUUGCAAAUUUUGCAACGUGCAAUCAAUCGAAACUUUCUUGUGCAACGCCCCAUAUAAAGAUAGGAUAGCAGUGGCACAAAAGGACGCUCCGGAACGCAGAAUCAACAUUUUCUUGUUUGACAUAUCUCACUGAAACUUGUCAUGGUACUAUAUUUAUUUACAAGCUCUAUCCUAAUGAUAUGAUUCUUUUAGCAUUCAGAACAUGUAGUUUCUUGCCACUAAAUUUUGGCUGAUAUCUAAUCAUCUUGCUUGACACUGUGUAUAGAUUUCCACCAUUUCAAUUAGAUUUGUACAAAAUUUCUUCACAAGACAAAGAGUUUUGGAACCACUAAUGGAGCUUCCAUCCCUCUCUUUCGUUUGGUGCAUCGAACAAUAAUUCAUACUCAUCUGAGUAUUCAAGGUGCUGCCAUGAUAAACUGGAGUAUAGUCAUGUUUAUUUUUGCCAAAUCAACUCAUUCAUAUGUAUAUGUUUGAAAUUUGCCAUUCAAUUGUAAGUCAACUUGAUAUAGUGUGUAUCAUCUCAUGUAUAAGGUGCAAUGGCGAUAAAUAGGCUUUUGAAAAAUGUGUAGUCCAAUAUAAAUUUAUCAUUCAAUACUCAUCUAUAUUUUUCGAAGCUCGAAGCUACUGGCAGUUAUAAAAGGUGAAAGGGAUACAUCAAAUACAUUUGAAUUUUGUGAGGUUUUGUCACGCAUUUAUUGUGUUAUCGUUAAUUUCAAGUUACUUGAUCUCCGUAGGUUGAGGAUGACAGGCCAGGUCUUUAGAAAAUGAUUUCAUGUAAUCGAUGUAAAUUCACAUUAUGAAACAACGAUUAAAUUUUUCAAGAAAAAAAUUAAGAUAUUAGACAAAUUCCUUGAGUAUUUUUCAAUGAUAUAGUUCGUACAGGUGCAAGACAAAACACAGACGUUCUUUGGCCUAACCUGGAUUCAGUUUAGGAACCCCCGAAGUCCUCCUCCUUUGCCCUUCUUCGUAACAAAAAAAAAAGAGGAAAGUUUGAAAUAAAAAAUGGUUUCAGUCCUGAAAGAAAGAAAGUGUGAUUAGGCCUUUCGGAAUAAGAUUUGAGA